CUCUCUCCCCAUUUUUAGCCAUGGAAGCUUCAUCAAUAUCUCCCUAAAUAUGAAUCAAACUCAUUAGCUCUAUAAGGUUGAAUCCAAAUUUGGGGAGCUUGCGCUGAGCUUCCAUGGAAGCUUCUAGGUGCACCAAAGGGUUUCACCAUAUAGCUUAGAAAUACAACAAUGUUCACUCCCUGCACUCAUUUAACCGGCCUUGAUUAUGAUGAUUUCUUAAACCGUUCCGGUUAAAGCGGUGGGGUUGAACCGGCAAGUCAUGGAACGGCGGAUGGGCUCGAUCCUCUUCGAACCUACCAAGGUCUUAUAUCGGCUCCUUCUCUACUAUCUAGGUUUUUGUUUUUCUUUUUGUCAUUCAUGUUGUUGUUUAUCAAUUUGAUUGUGUUUGUUUAUGGAAUUUAAUUCAUGAAUGUGAUGAUUGCCAUAUAUAAAAAUUAAGAAACAAAAAGCAAAUUAAAUAUAAUAGAUUUUUAGCUCAUUCUU